AUGGCCGACAUGAUAUAUAGCAAGGGGACAAGGGUCUGGUUUGAGGACAAGGACCAGGCCUGGAUCUCCGCAGAAGUAACCACAGUCACCAAAGGCCAGGACGGCACCGUAAAGCUCACCUUCGUCGAUGAACGCGGCAAGGAGACUACGAUUGACACGACCAGCCAAGAUAUCAAAGACGGCAAAGGCAGUUUACCCCCACUCCGUAACCCACCUCUCCUCGAAACUGCCGAUGAUCUAGCGACCCUCUCCCAUCUCAAUGAACCUUCUGUACUACACACCAUCCGAAAUCGAUAUGCCCAACACUCCAUCUACACCUACUCUGGCAUCGUCUUGAUUGCUGUUAAUCCCUUCCAACGUGUCACUCUCUAUGGUCCUGAGAUUAUCCAGGCGUAUAGCGGCAAGAAAAGGGGUGAACUUGAACCUCACUUGUUCGCUAUUGCGGAGGACGCGUACACUGCGAUGAGUCGAGAGGGUAUGGGUCAAACCAUUAUCGUCUCCGGAGAGAGUGGUGCAGGCAAGACUGAGUCGGCCAAGUUUAUAAUGCGAUACCUUGCAUCGGUGAAUCCCCCAGGUUCAGACGCUCUCGCGCGGACCAAAUUAUCUCUGGACGAGUCGAGUGAAAUUGAACGUCAAAUACUUGCUACGAACCCCAUCUUAGAAUCUUUCGGAAACGCUAAGACGACUCGCAAUGAUAACUCAUCUCGGUUUGGAAAAUAUAUCCAGAUUCUUUUCGAUGGUAAGCAAGAAAUCGUUGGGGCGCGCAUUCGUACAUACCUUCUCGAACGCUCUCGGAUUGUCUUCCAACCACUCACCGAGCGGAAUUACCACAUCUUCUAUCAGCUGUGCAGUGGUGCACCUAUCAAAGAACGCAAAGACCUUGGGCUGGACACCGAUAUCACCAAAUUCCAUUAUCUCAAGCAGGGAGGCCCAACAUCUACGCCUAUUGCAGGUGUAGACGAUACCGAGGAAUUCCGCGCCACCCAACAAGCUUUAUCUACUGUCGGUAUCAGUAUAGACAAGCAAUGGGCUGUGUUCCGUCUAUUAGCUGCUCUGUUGCAUCUUGGUAAUAUCAAGAUCUCUCAAACGCGCAAUGACUCCAACAUCGACGACGGCGAUCCCGCAUUGCUCCUUGCUACCCGCUUCCUUGGUGUUACCCUCGCCGACUUCAAAAAGUGGACCGUCAAAAAGCAGAUUGUGACUCGUUCGGAGAAGAUCGUAACCGCAUUAAACGCCGCUCAGGCGACAAUCGUCCGGGACAGUGUCGCCAAAUUCGUCUAUGCAUGCUUGUUUGAGUGGCUUGUGGCCAUUGUGAAUGAGAGUUUGGCUGGAGAACAUGGUGACGCGGCUGAACGAGCGGAGAUGUUCAUCGGUGUGCUUGAUAUAUAUGGUUUUGAGCAUUUCCAAAAGAACUCCUUCGAGCAGUUCAGUAUUAAUUACGCCAAUGAAAAGCUUCAGCAAGAGUUCAACUCGCAUGUCUUCAAACUCGAGCAAGAAGAAUACGUAAAGGAGCAGAUCAACUGGACUUUCAUUGAUUUCUCUGACAACCAACCCUGUAUUGACGUUAUCGAAGGCAAACUCGGCGUCUUGGCGCUACUGGACGAGGAAUCACGGCUGCCCUCUGGAAGCGACGCGUCCUUCUUGCAGAAGCUCAAUUCUCAACUCCUCAAGCCAGCGAACAAAAACGUCUUUAAGAAACCGCGGUUCGGAAACUCUGCUUUUACCAUUGCGCACUACGCGUUGGACGUCUCGUACGAGGUAGAUGGCUUCCUUGAAAAGAAUAGGGAUACUGUCCCCGAUGAACAUAUGGAGUUGUUGGCCUCCACCAAAAACCCGUUCCUUAAGGAAAUUCUAGAUGUUGCUCUCGGAUCGAUCAAGAGUACAGACAAGAGCACAGAUACCCCCCAUCCUGGCUCCCCCGUGCCUUCCGACUCGGGCAGUGGAGGUUCCCGGCGAUCUUCUAUCAUCCCAGACCCAGGGCGUACUUCACUCGUUAGCGCGGCUUCUUCAGCCUCGGGACCGAAGAAGCCCGGUGCCUCGAUCAAGAAGCCUACACAGGGUUCGAUUUUCAAGGCUUCGCUCGUUACGUUGAUGGAGACGUUGAGUAUCACCAAUGUGCACUACAUUCGAUGCAUCAAGCCCAAUGAGGCGAAGCGCCCUUGGGAGUUUUCUGCUCAACAAGUUCUGGGACAGCUGCGCGCUUGUGGUGUACUUGAGACAAUUCGUAUUAGUUGUGCCGGAUAUCCUUCUCGUUGGACCUAUGAAGAGUUCGCCGAACGGUAUUACAUGUUGGUACCCUCGUCUGACUGGCGACCCCAGAUCUCGAACUUGGAGCUUAAACCCCUGUGCUCUCUGAUCUUGGACAAGACCAUCAAUGAUCCGGACAAGUACCAGGGUGGUCUCUCAAAGAUCUUCUUUAGAGCUGGCAUGUUGGCAGCAUUAGAGUCGUUACGGUCCGAACGCCUGAACGCUUUGGCUACUAUCAUUCAAAAGAACAUGCGCCGACGCAUGGCUGUCAAGAAAUAUCAGGAACUGAGAAUUGCCACUAUCAAGAUACAGACAUGGUGGCGUGGUAUACAUGCCAGAAGGCUCGUCGAAAACAUACGCAGAACUGCUGCUGCGCAACGCUUGCAGGCUGGCAUUCGCAGGUAUAUCCAGCGAAAGAAGUUCUUGCAGAUUCGCCAGGCUAUCGUUCUUUUCCAGAGCCGUGUCCGUGGAGCCCAAGCUCGCUCGCAAUUCAAGGAGAGUAGGACCGAUCAAGCCGCGCUCACCCUCCAAAGCCUUCUUCGUGGACUACUUGUCCGACGAGUCUUCAAGGCCGACGUCAAACACGUGGUGUAUCUGCAAUCAUGCAUGAGGCGGCGACUUGCCCGUAAGCAGCUCAAAGGGCUCAAAGCCGAAGCUCGCUCUGUUUCCAAAUUCAAGGAAAUCUCGUAUCGCCUUGAGAACAAGGUCGUCGAGCUGACGCAAGCACUCCAAUCACGCACGGAGGAGAAGAAAGCUCUGCAAAUGCGACUUGCAGAACUCGAGCAGCAACUGCAAGUUUGGACUACAAAGCAAGAAGAGUCUGAGGCGAAGGCUAAGUCCUUGCAAGUAGACUUGAGGAAGGCUGAAGUAGAGAUCUCCAAGCAGGCCGAGCUCGUGCAAGCUAAGGCAGAAGUAGAGAAGCGCUUGGAUGAUGCUCUUGCCAAGGCUACUGAGAAGGAGGAAACCAUUCAGAAGCUGACAGACGAGCUACUAGAACAGUCACGCCAACUCGAAUCGCAGCAGAAGGCGCUGGCCAACGUCCCUGUGCGGUCUGUUGAAGACGGUUCGGUCAUUGCCACUCUGAAGAACGAGGUCAGCAGUCUGCGCGAGCAACUUAACCGUGCCAACGCAUACAAUGCCCUCACGAGGGGCUCCAAAUUGGAACCUCCAUCGCCCACCUUCUCACCCGCAUUGCGCACAGGCGAUAGAGAGAAUGGUACUCCUAAUGGUACUCCCCUUGCCACUUCGGUCAAUCGGCAUCUAAGGCGUCACAGCUCUGCCGGUGUCCUUGCUGCUCAGGCUGAUAACCGUACUUCAGCCGACGAGCUCAUGCUUGACGUCAAGAAGAGCCAGGCCCUGAACCCUCGUGCGGUUUCCGUCGCAUACAACGGGGCAGACAACAUUCUAAGGAUGCGGGCCAAUGGCCUUUCUGAUAUCCGGGACUUUGAUGAUCUUGCUGAGGAGAAGAUCAAGUUGCUACAGGAUGUUAAGCAUCUAGAUGAGGAUGUUCUCGUUGGUAUCAUCAAAGGUCUGAAGAUACCUGCGCCGUCGCUGCAAAACCCGUCUGCUGUCAAGGAGAUCCUCUUCCCUGCCAACUUGAUCAGUCUGGUUACGAACGAAAUGUGGAAAUACGGCCUGAUCCCGGAAAGCGAACGAUUCCUGGCCAACGUCAUGGAAGUCAUCCAAGCGCAUGUCAUGUCUUUCCAUGGCGAAGAUGCAAUCAUUCCAGGCAUUUUUUGGCUUUCAAAUGUGCACGAAAUGCUCUCGUUCAUCUGCGUGGCUGAAAGUGACAUGCUUCAAGGCAUCGGUCCCGGAGAAGAAGAAGCCGUCCGACCAUUCGACUGGAACGAUUACGAGCGUCUGGUGACCGUUGUGAAGCAUGACCUCGGCAGUUUGGAGUUCAACAUUUAUCACACUUGGAUGCUCGAAACGAAGAAGCGACUAUCGAAAAUGGUUAUCCCUGCUUUGAUAGAGAGUCAGUCUCUACCAGGCUUUACGACUAGUGAUGGAGGUGGUCGACUGUUCAAUCGCCUCCUCAACUCCAAUGCCCAACCCGCCUUCAGUAUGGACGACAUCCUCAACCUUUUGAACAAAGUUUGGAAGAGUCUGAAGAGUUACUAUGUGGAGGAUUCGGUGGUGCACCAGGUCGUCACCGAGCUGCUUAAGCUGAUUGGCGUUACGAGUUUUAAUGACCUACUUAUGAGAAGGAACUUUUCUUCAUGGAAACGAGCUAUGCAAAUUCAAUAUAAUAUCACGCGUAUCGAGGAAUGGUGCAAGUCGCAUGACAUGCCCGAGGGGACGCUGCAGCUGGAGCACUUGAUGCAAGCCAUCAAACUGUUGCAAUUGAAGAAGGCCACUCCUGCCGACAUUGAGAUCAUCUAUGAUGUAUGCUGGAUGCUGAGCCCGAUGCAAAUACAGCGGAUGUGCACUAAUUACUAUGUCGCCGAAUACGAGAAUCCCAUCUCACCCGAGAUCCUGCGUGUCGUUGCUUCCCGCGUUCAAGCUAACGAUCGCAAUGAUCAUCUUCUUCUUGCUCCCGAGACAGAAGAAGUUGGCCCUUAUGAGCCACCUUUGCCUCGAGAGGUUUCUGGCUUGGAGACAUACGUACCCGCAUAUCUGAAUGUAUCUCACUUGCGUAGACUAGCUGCCCUCGUUGCAUAG